AUGGCAUCCGUUGCGGAUACCUCGUUAUAUGAACAGCCGGCCAGCUAUGUAAAGAAACAGGAGUAUACAUUUGGAAAAACAAUAGGCAAGGGAACGUAUGGCGUCGUUCGCUCCGCUAUACGCACACUGCCUGACCACACUACACAACCUGUGGCUGUCAAAAUCAUCAAGAAGAGCUCGCUCAAACGGCAGGAGCAUAUUAUUAUGCAGGAAAUUGAAAUGGUGCGCAGCCUGAAUCAUCCCCAUAUCAUCAAACUAAUCGACUGGUUCGAGUCCAAGGACAAGUUUUACCUCGUGUUUGAGGAAGCGCACGGUGGCGAACUCUUUUAUCGGCUCAUGCAGGGACGAUUUACCGAGCGUGCUGCGUGUCGUAUUAUUUACGUCGUACUCGAGGCUAUCGCGUACAUGCAUCGAAACGAAAUUGUGCAUCGGGACAUUAAGCCGGAAAAUAUCUUGUAUCGCUCCGAGGCACAAGAUGCCGAUAUUGUGUUGGUGGAUUUUGGGAUUGCGACGCAUUUGUACGAGCACACCGAUACAGAGCUGCAUGGCAUGUGCGGAAGCGUAGGCUAUGCUGCGCCCGAAGUCAUGGCCCGCAAAGGUUACGGCAAGCCCGUCGACAUGUGGGGCCUCGGCAUCGUGACUUAUUGCAUGCUGUGUGGCUUCGCUCCUUUUUCCUCGGUGGAUCCCAAGCUAUUUCUCGAGCAAGUCGAGUCGGCGACCAUCUCAUUCGAGGGUAAGUAUUGGGAUUCAGUCAGUGCCGAGGGUAUCGACUUUGUUCAGCAGUGUCUCAACCGUGACCCCGAGCAGCGCAUCACCUCAGAAGAUGCUUUGCAUCAUGCAUGGUUCCGACUCAUAUCUGAUGAGACGCAUGAGAGUGACGACGAUGGCAAUGACAUUAGCACAGGUGUACGAGAGAACUACCGCUCGAAAUGGAAGUCCGUUAUGGCAACAGUACGUGCCACCAAGCGGAUCCAAGCCCUAAGCCACACACAUGUCGAGCCUUUGCACGAAGAUCUAUGCCCCUCAUCGCCGCUCUAUUCGGAUGAAGAUAAUGACCACGACAACCAUUCCUUUGGCGCCCCUCAGCGCACAACGUCCAACAGCUGGCUUGAAUGGCUGCGCUCCUACUUUCCCGUAUAUAACUAUUCUGAGUAG